AAAUCCUGUCAGCACAACUAAUGGAUGUCAGAUGAAUAAGCUUAGAAGAGCAAACAAGUGCACUGUCAAAACCAUGUCAUCAACCCACAUGACUAUUCGUGGCAAUAUUACACACUCCACUGCCUCCAGUCACAGCUCAGGAUAAUCAGAAUCCUUGUUCAGAGUCAUCUGAUCUUGCAAAAAUUGACACAGCAUAGCUAAUAAUCCACCACAAUUCAGAAAAUAUACUGGAUUUUAAAAGGCAGCUUUAUUUUUGUGCCUUCCAUUUGAGGCAGAUUAAAUAAUCAAAAGGACGGGGCUAUCAGGUCAUGAUUUGUAUGUUACAGCUGUCCAGUUAGAGUUGACAGACUCUUUUGCAUGGCCUGCUGACAGAUUAAAAGAGGCAGGAUAAGACUCUGAGAGUCAGAUAUGGACAUUGAGGAGAAAAAAAAGAUUGUGAUAAAGAAAAGAAAAAAAGCAAAGGCUGAUGGAUUAACUCACUAGAAAUUGUAGCACUUCUACUCAAGCUACAUAUACAAUCUUAAAUAUAUAUGUAUAUAACAACAACAAACAACACCGCAACAAGACAAACUGAAGAAAUUGGAUGAGCAUGUUACAGAUUUGAAGGAGGAACCAGAAUAAAGCCUACAUUUACUCUUUUAUAUCAGGAAACUGGACUGAGUCUUCUUCAAGGUGGGAAGCAAGCAAAGGAGAAUGACAGGUAACUGGCUUCUGGUGCUGAGCAUUGUCUUCACAAUACACAUGGCUCAUGGAUGUCCUCAAAAGUGCCUAUGCCAUAUGGCUUCAAAGACCACAGACUGCAAGAAUAGAGGUUUUACUGAAAUUCCUGCCCACUUACCACCUGAAACUCAGAUACUGCAGUUGCAGAAUAACCGUAUUUGGAGAAUCAACCAAAAUGCAUUCACUGGAACACCAUUGCUGAAAAUCUUAGACUUGUCUAAUAAUUCUCUCUCAAGUUUUGCACCAGGUACUUUCCAAAAAUUACGGUACCUACAGGUUCUAAACCUAACUAGAAAUUUGAUUCAUUACAUAGAAAAUAAGACUUUCAGUUUCCUUCCACACCUCAAAGAACUAGACUUGUCAUCCAACAGCAUUGUACGUUUGCCUGAGACUUUUGGAAACAGCACAGGGAAUAUAACAUUACUGUCAGUGAAGCAUAACAAGCUUCAGAAAAUGGGAAGAGUUCUGCUGGAGUCACUUCCAAACCUGAAAGUUGUUCUUUUCAAGGAUAAUCCCUGGCUAUGUAAUUGCAAUGUCUUUGGCCUGAAACUGUGGUUGGAGAGCUUUUUAUACAGAGGAGGAAUAAGUGAUGGCAUCAUCUGUGCAACACCAGGGAUUCGGAAGGGAAAGGACCUCCUCAAAGUUCCUUAUGAGCUCUUUGGGGCAUGCCCACUUAUGACAGCUCACGCUCAUCUGGCCACCACUCAUCACCACAGCUUUGAGCACAGGAGUUCUCCAAAGCACUCUCAUCACAAUGAACAUGGGGAAAACAGCAGGCUAAGUUGUGAACCCAAACCAAAGCCGAAGCCUGUUAGUUUGCGUCGUGCAAUUGCCACUGUAGUAAUAACUGGAGUUGUCUGUGGAAUUGUGUGUCUAAUGAUGUUGGCAGCUGCUGUUUAUGGUUGUGCCUAUGCUGCAAUUACUGCUAAAUACCACAGAGAACAUUUGGCCCCUGCAAGACAGCAUGGGACUCCAGAGGAAAAAGAGCCAUUUGAAAGAUGCUUGGCUUGAGUUACUUUUGUCUUUGGUUUCUUCAAAAUAAAAAGCCCUAACAUCAAUUUAGAAGCUUAGAACUUAAAUAGGUUUGGUUUAAUAGUUAGGACGGCUUUUAUUUCCUUUUUCACAUUAAAGAAAUUAUCUGUGUAUAUACAUAUACUUAUGUUCCUUGGAAUAUAUAUUAAGAUAUAUUUAUGUAGCAGAAUGCAACUCAUUGCAUAUAUCUGUACUUAUAUUUUGUUUUGUAUAUUCUGAAGCCAAAAUGUAAGGGUGAAUAUGUGAGAGAAUGAAAUUUUAGCACAGUUAUUUCCAAGUAUUCCAUUCUUCAUUCCUAGUUUUUGAUGUAAUAUUAGUACAAUAUAUGAAUAAUGGUGUGCCAACCCUUAGCACUCAACAUGAGUGAGUUUUUUGCAAAGAAAGCACGAAUGAUGAGAGUUUAGGAUCUUAAAAUACCUGUUAUGCAUUCAGAAAUAUAAUUCAUAAUCAGUUUUAGAAUGGGCCAUUCUAUAGACUAAUAACUUACAAAAUUGUUGCAACAUUUCCAAAUACCUAUUUCCCACCUCCUAAUUUGCUCCCAUUAUGGAGUUUAGAAAACAGGAAGUACCUUGUUAUCUGUUAUAUUUAAUCUUUAAAGUACUUACAAGGAAGAAGAGAGCUGAGAAACUGCAGGAGGAGGAAGUAAUUCCACACUGUGUUUCAGGCACCAAGAUAAGCAUACACUGCAUAUACGAAGAGACACUACCUAUUAUCCUAGUGGGAUACAUGUUUGUUAAAUACAUUUCUGAAACUCCUUAAUCCAAAAUCCACACAACCUCAGGACUACAGAUGGAGUCCUGAUCAGAGUGCUGCCCUUGAGCAGGGAGAUCACCUAGCUGCAUAUUUGCACAUUCUCAAAGAGAAAGCAUUCAGCUGAAUUAAUUCAAGGGUCUGACCUUUUUGCCACACUUUUCUGCUGUCAGAGAAAACCAGAGCAAAAACCACAGCAACUAAUUUAUAACACAAAGAAUAUGCUGAAUAUGCAUAGAAUUUUCAAAUAGUUCUGAGGAAAUAUAGUCUCAAAACAAACAAAUGGGAUCAGCUACUUCACCUGUCCUUUCUGAGACUAGAUGGAAUAAUGUCCAGUCUGUGACAGAUGUUUGUCUAAGGUGACAUGGAUUAACAACCUGCCUAGGAAGCAGAUACAGCAAUUGACUUUGCUUAUAGUAGAUUGUUUCUUAGUAUCUUCCCUAAACCUGCUUUGCUAAAAAUACUGCUAGUGUAUUUUAAUGGCCGGGAGACUUGAGAACAGCAGCUGUAUCUCCGAUAAAAACAAAAUGAAGCUGUGCCACAGCAUUUGGACACCUCCAAUCUACAUCCAACAGAUGGAUUCCCAGACCAAGUCUUAUUAGAGCAGCUACAGCCAUUCCAAUUACAGCCCCAAAUGAGUAAUGAGCUAUAUGGCAGGAGUCACGUAACCCUUGCUCUUAUCUGCUUAGUAAUUAUUGAAACCUAAAUUUUAAAGCUCAUUCCUGCAUCUUCAGUUGCUUUCAUGUCCAGGAGAAAUUAAACAUCUUGGUCUUAAUGUAAAU